GAAGCCGCACACCAGUUCACAGGAGUCUACUAAAUUCAUAGGUGGUUUAUUUUGUGUCAGGGUUGUUACAGAGAGGAGGUGUGGUUAAUGUGCCAUUAAUUGCACGUUGAUAUGUGCACGUUCUGUACAUGACGCCACCCGAUUAUCACGGUUGGCUACGUACGGUGCGGAAGAAGUUCAACAUACUGAAAACAAGGCGAGGUUAGCAGUGAGGUACUACUGUAAGAGAAACAUCAAAGUGCAAUGAUCUAAUGCAAGUGGAUUGAUUGUCAAGUCUCAUUAAAAUACUGCGUAAACUGGGGGUUAUCAGAAGAGUUCAGCUCAGCUGCCAUGGAGAAGUACGAGAACUUGGGCCUGGUUGGCGAAGGCAGCUACGGCAUCGUGCUCAAGUGCCGCCACCGCGACACGGGCCAACUCGUAGCCAUCAAGAAGUUCCUGGACAGCGAGGACCAUAAAUCUGUGCGCAAGAUCGCUGCACGAGAGAUCAAGAUGCUCAAGCAACUGCGCCACGAGAACCUGGUGAACCUGCUGGAGGUUUUCCGCCGCAAGCGCCGCCUCUACCUGGUGUUUGAGUUUGUGGACCACACGGUGCUGGACGAGUUGGAGCGCCACCCGCGCGGCCUGCCCACUGCCCGCGUGCGCCCGUGCCUGCUGCAGGUGCUGCGGGCCGUGGGCUUCUGCCACUCGCACAACAUCAUCCACCGUGACAUCAAGCCGGAGAACAUCCUCAUGUCGCGCUCAGGCAUUGUCAAGCUGUGCGACUUUGGGUUUGCACGUGCGCUUGCGGGCUCGAGCGAGCCCUAUACAGACUACGUGGCCACGCGCUGGUACCGCGCGCCGGAGCUACUUGUCGGAGACACCAAGUACGGCCGGGCAGUGGAUGUUUGGGCUGUUGGCUGUGUUGCUGUGGAGAUACAGACGGGGGAUCCAGUUUUCCCGGGUGACUCUGACAUCGACCAGUUGUACCAGAUCGUGAAGUGCUUCGGAAAUCUGAUGCCCAGGCAUCGUGAGCUUUUCUACAAGAACCCGGUGUUCACGGGGCUCAAGGUGCCCGAAGUCCAUGCUGUGGAGCCACUGGAAAAGCGUCUGCCCAGGUUGCCGCCACUGCUGCUCGACCUCAUUAAGCAAUGCCUCUACAUGGAUGCCGAUACAAGACCUCCUUGCUCUAGGCUCCUUCAGCAUGACUACUUCACUGCGGAUGGUUUUGCCGACAAGUUUCUGCUGGAGCUGCUUGAAUCCACACAGAAGGACAGGGCAGAGAGCAUGCCGGCCGCUAACAUGGACGUGGCUAUCGAAGACGAGGACUGCUCAAAGGAACCAUCUGCUGUGCCUGUCACCGCCAUCCAGAGCCCAGCCAAGGACCUGGAGCGGAGUAGCAAAGAUAUAAAGGAGGGCCUGGCGGAGAAGAGGGAUCCGGCUAUCGACAGCAAAGCGAAGCUGCCCAAGUUUGGCUCUGAGAGCAGCUGCAGUCCAGCAGCAAACAGUAAACCACCGCCGCUGCUGCCCGUUCUGCCACCCGUGCAGUUCUACGGCACGACUCCUCGACCGCCCUCCCCAGACCACGGCAGUGACGGCACCAGCAAAGGAGCCACGCUCGUGACAGAAUCGGCGGCGGCUGUGGUGACGGCAGCGCGGGCCAACGCGGGCAAGAAACCGGGAAGGCAGGAGGGCAAGGAGGGUGUUGGCGGCAGCAGGCAGAGUGGUGGGCACGCGGCGGCGAGCAAGCCGGCCCUCGCCCCCACGAGGCUGGCGCAACAGGGCAGGGAAGGGACGCACAACAGGGACACAUCGCAGAGCAGGGAAACGAUGAUGAACAAGCAAGUGCUGCUAAGCAAAGACACGGAACAGAGUCAGAGCCAGGUUACAGCAGUGGAGGAGAUGAGUAAGGAAGUUGGCAUCUCUUUGGUGACUGGGAAUGGGAGCCCUGCGCUAAGCCAUCCUCCAGCCGUGUGCCAGGACAGUCCAGACACCGGCAAAGCAGAAGAAGACACCUCCAAGCGGGAGCGCGAUGGUGGGGAGACCGGCGGAGCGAGGCCGGACGCGAUGUCUCGGCACACGAGCCUCGUGCUAGCUCGGCUUGGCAUGACCACCGCCACCGACGUCACAACGGGGGCGUCCGCAUUCAGGACAUCUGAACGAUUAAGAAAAACGAGCAAUGCCUUCAAGAAGCCACCGCAGGCUGCCCUCCUCGCCCCCCGCCAGUGUGCGCUGGGCCAGAUCAGCUUGCAGGAGAAGACGGCGCAGUUCGAUCACAUGACCAACCUGCGCAAGCGGAAGGAUGGCGUGCGUGCCGAGCGGAGGGAACUGCACCUCCCCGAGCUCAGCCUGCCGGCGCCCAGCCUCGAUCCUCGCCCCGUUGACCCGGGGAAGCAAAAGCAGCUGAAGAGAGAGCCAGGCAUGCGCUCACUUGAUUCCAAGAUUCCUGUCAUCACCGCCACGGAUAUUAGCCCUGGCAAGCAGAGCCAUCAGGAAAGCCCCGACUCCAACCUGCCCCGCCUGUGAGCUUUGGUCUCCGACUCCGGCGCAAACCCCCCCAGAGAAAAUCAGUUCACCGGCGGGCACCUGGCACAAGAAAGUUAAACAAUGACGUAACUUGUCUGUACGGUUUCAUUUACACACAGUGUACAUUGUCUACCCGUGCUUGUGUAUGUUAUGAUGUAUAAAUUAUUAAGUUUUGCACCAACACGCAAGAUCGGUAAAGAUCUUCGGUAAUGACAGGAAGGGGGCAGGAGUGAAUUGCACUCUCACGAGGGAUUUUCAGCACCUCAUAGCUUGCAAUUCAAUGGUACAGUGCACAAUAUUAUUAAUUUAACUCAUUAUAUAUAUAGUUGAAGUGUCUGGGUGAUUUAAUUGCUUCAAUGCUGGUAUCAAGAGCCCCCAGCCAGCAAUAUAUUGAGACGUUUAAAACCCCAGGCCUCUGAGAUUAAACCAGUUUAUCAAGUGUAGCGAGUUGAUGAUCUUGACCUGGUCGCUUAAUAACUGCAAGAAAAUCCACUUUACCACAACAAAAAUCAUCGUCUCUCCUACAUGCGAGCAUCAAUUUCAGGCAAAUUGAUUCGACCCACAAAAGAGUGAAAUCUUGCGGUUGCGGAUAAAAUGCUCGAUUGAACAGGCACUGCAAGUUUUUUUUCUGUGGUCUCUCGUUUGGCGUCGCGUUCCUCGAUACAAAGUUGCCAGAAAGGAUGUUUCUGCACCUCGUGCUUUGACUUCGUUAUGUCAUGGAAUGUGGUGUAAUCUUCCUGCACUAUAGAUCGACACGUAGCUAAUAAAUUAACACAUUGCCAUUCUUGUCUCCUACCUAAACAUAUUAUAUAUGCCUGUUUUGAUGUCUUCUGAUCAGGUGUGAUGUUAGCCCUAACUUCAUCACAAGGCAGUACUGCUGCCACGUAUACUUUGAGCAGGUGCUCAGCAGUUUUGUUGCGUCUAUGAAUGUAAAGACAUGCUCAAACACUGUAAUCGUAAAUUGUUCACUAUUAAAUAGACGAUGAAAGAAAAAGGUUAAGAUGGGCACUUCGAUUCUGUCUAAUCAUGGAUAUGCUGUCGGUUACAUGGAUGUUGGACAUCCUGUGUCACUCAAGCCAGAAACAAGGUCAUAGUCACAAGUCGCGGGGCAUAUAAUGAAGUUAAUAGUUUUCAUUCACAUGAUGUGCUGUGAAGAGCCAUUGACUGAAACGUUGCCUUUAUUUGUUGUUUAAAGGGCCGUGUAAUUUAUGAAUGUAUUGAGUUUUGUUUUAAAAGCGUGCUUGUGAACCACUGGCAACUCAGCAUCACCAAAUAAUUUGUAUUUCUUCACGUGAUUGCAUGCCUUACGAAUUGUAUCGAGUGACCCGAUUGAGUAACACACAGAAUGUCCCAUUUUAUAUGUAAUAAAACCACAGGGUUCGAUUACACGCGUGUGAAACAUGGCCGAUGUGCGUCCUUUAUUAACAGUUAAACAUGACCCCACCACAUCCAUACGCCAGGCUGCCCUCUACUCAUUGCAAGUGGCAUUUUCUAAUGAUUAAUGGAGCCAUCGGUAAUGCACGAAUUUCCAAAGGUGGUCCUGGGCCAC